GGGCUCCGCUGAGCUGGGCCCGGGUGCCCAGAGCCAGGACUUCAGGCCCGCAUAAGGGCCCAGCAGGCAGGGAGAACCCGCUGGAUUGCCUGGUGGUCAGGGAGACAGGAGCUGGGGACUGAAGAAAGCAGCUUUAGGCUCUCCAGCAGCAGUGAGAGCCCCCAGGCCUGCAGCUAGAACCAGGCAACUCCCCCUGGAUGCAUGGCAUUGCUUCCAAAAGCCCCUAUCAGGCCCAAGGGCAUGGGCCAGUGUGGGUGGCCUGCUACGCCUGGGGGCCUCAAGGGACGGAUGGGCCUGGGCCUUGAGGCUGCCCGGAAGCCUCCAGUACACCAAAAUCCUGGCUCCCGCUAUAUCCCUGGGGAGUACCUCUCCUAUUUCACCUGCUGCCAGGGACACUCAGUGCUGGCUGCCACAGAAAGAGGGUGCUGCUCUAUCAGCCCUUGGGGGCCCAUGGCAGGGAUGAGUGUGGUGACCCUUGCCCAAGGCUGAGCUGGGUCACCCCUAAGAUUGAAGGAGGAGACUGCAGACCAGACUCUCCUUCCCCCAGCUCAGGAAGAGUGCUCCUGCCCUCACGGGAGGCCUGGCCCAGCCCUCAGCUCCUGACCUCGAGGCCGACAGAAUUUCUAAGAAUUUGGCUGCAGACCCCAAGCCUGGCUGUGGCUGUGUAGAGGGAGGGAGGAGGGCCCAGAGCAAAAAGCUACCACACUUCCUCCCCAGCUUCCUCCUGCAUGGCCUCGAGCUCUUCUUCUUUGGACUCUUAAAAGUGAACACAUUUCAGCUUCGUGGUUUCCUGUUUUCACUGAAAUUUACGCCGAGCUCCAGGCUCCAUCUGCAUCCAUGACCACAAGCUCCACCGCUAGAGGCCUUAAGGCAUCCUCCCUGCUGCUAGCGAGGAGGGCAGGAGGCUGAGUGGCCUCCCCCUGCCCACGCCCCUGCUUGCCUGGGGGUGAGGGUGCCUCAGGAGAUACCUGACCACCCUGGGGGCCAGUCCCUGUGGGUCCUAGCUCAGUGCCCAUGGGCUGGGGUGCCCAGAGUAGAGCAGGGGAGGGGGAUCACUGUGCCUGCUUCUGCUGGGGCUGGGAGGCCCACAGAUCACAGCACCGACUGAGGCCCUCAGAAGGAAAUCUGUGCUUUCAGGCACUAAUCAUUGUUAAGAGAUAUAUCAGGGACCAUCAGGGCCAUCGUUCCUGUAGCCUUCUGAAGUCUGCAUUUUAUAAAGACAGCCAAGAGAUGGGACGCCUGGAUGGCUCAGCGGCUGGGCGGCUGCCUUCGGCUCAGGUCGUGAUUCUGGGAUCUGUGAUCGAGUCCCAUGUCGGGCUCCCUGCAUGGAGCCUGCUUCUCCCUCUGCCUGUGUCUCUGCCUCUCUCUCUUUGUGUCUCUCAUGAAUAAAUAAAUAAACCUUUUUCUUAAAAAAAAAAAAAAAGACGGCCAAGGGAGAGGUUAAGGGAAUGGAAUCGUCACUCUCUGAAAACAUGCCAUGGAAGCCACUGGGGAUGCUGCUGUUGGGUCAGGCUGGGAGGUCUGGGCCAAGGGGUGCUGGAGUGGGUAUGCAGGAAUGUUUGCCAUGGGCAGGGGGUCCGGCGCACCACCUUCUCCAGGGAGUACUCUAGGGUGAGGGCCUAGGGAAGACAACCUGUAGAGGUCCUGUCACUCUCCACCGCAGCUGGGGCGCUGCCUGCUGGAAGGGGCCUUCCUGGGGUCAGCUGGAGUGCCCAGGCUGGUCUGUGAUUACACAGCAAUGGGCAGAAAGGGACUGGGACUGCCAGCCAGGACACCAGGUGCAGAGGCCUCUCGAGAAGUAGACAGCCCAGCUCCGCAUGAGUCCCAGCCCACAGUGGACACCGGCCAUGUAGCCCUUCCACUGGGCACUCACCUCUUUCCUGUACGGGUGCGGCCUCCCUACCUACUCUGAGUGCAAAAAGGUCUGCGGCUCCAGUAGCAGCCUGUCCUUCAGACCUAGUUGCACAGCUGACAACUGAAGCAUAGCUGCGGGGUGACGGGUUGAACCAGGAUGCCAGGGUCCUGUUCUCUGGACACUCCCAGGGCCCCCCUCUGACCCUCCACCAGCUCUAGUGCUUAGCAGCUCUGCCUGUGGGAUCUCCCCAAAAGCCCUGAGCUCGUGUGGGCUGGGGGGCCGGGGGGCGCCGAGGUUUCAUUUCAUCUUGCAAUUCUGAUCCAGUGGCAAGACUUCCUCAAAUAUGUGUUGGGAGGGAUUCUGAAAUAUCGAUAUAGCUUACUGAGAAAAUGCUGACUUGAGCGCGCAAUGAGCCCCAGGCACAUGUCGGAGAAGUGGCAGCUGGUGUGCUAUCUCUUUGCCUUUUCUGUUACAAUACUGUGUUUUCCAAAAACAUUUACACAUGUGUUAUUGCCUUUUUUUUUUUUUGAUUCCCCCUCCCCUACCAGAGGCUUUAUUGUAUCCAUUUAAUGCACAGGAAGAUGAGACUCCAAAAGACUUGUGUCUUGUCACAAUAAGUGAAGGUGGACCUGGGACUAAAGCCUAGGCGUUCUGCUUCUCAGGCCUGUGCUCCUUCCUCUUCACUGAACGGAUGGCAUCAUAGGCCAGGACUUGGACCUGUCUACGGUACAUGCCAGGGCCCUGGGGGGUGAACCUGUGCCUGCAGGCCCGUGGCUCACGUUCCUUCUGCAGGUUUUGGCCACUCCCCUUUCUGUCUGGCAACCCUGAAACUACAGGACUCCUGGUGGGCCUGGGGGCCCAUGCACCAUCCCCUCCCCGCUUGCUCACUGUGGGAGAGGGGAAGGGAGGAGCUCUCAGCUGACCAGGGUCUCUGGGAGGAGACCUGCACUGCACGUGAGCGACUGCGGAACCUCCCUCAAGACAUGGGGAGCCAUGAGCACACCGAGUUCCAGUCCCCUUGCCUUCCUCACAGCUCCUGUCACUCCGGGCAGCCCCGCAGAGGCAGUGGACCCCCUCCCCAUGCUCAUCACCCUCGCCUGCAUCUUCCUCCUGCUGGCCAGCUGUCUGCUGUUCAUGACCCUCUGCAAACCUGCCGCCCUGGACCCAAUCCACCGUCGGGCUCGGGAGUGCAUGCCCCACCACCCCGGGAGCCCCAGUGAGCCCCAGCUCAGGCUCUGGAAGCGCCUGGGCUCUCUGCGCCGCUCCCUGCACAGCUUCCACCGAGGCAGGCCUGUUCCUCGACGCCCCCUGCCUGGCUUUGAUGACAGCCACGACUGUGACUGUCCGGAAUCUACCAAGAUGUGACAGGGGUGUCUCCGCCAUCCAGGACCCACCCACGGAUCCUCCUGCCUCGGACAGAGCCUGGAACCAGGGGCUGCAGAAGCACGUAGGCCCCACGCUCAGCCCCAGUGGUCCCUGUGUGCCCAAGCCCAUGGCCUUUCCCAGAACAGCCCUGGGAGGAACACCUGCCUCUCUGCAGACCCUCUAGCUGCUGCCUGCUGAGAGCACUAGGCCAACUGCAGGGCCAGAAGGUAUGACCUGGGGCCCCCCAGUACCCUCCUCUGGCAACCAGGCACCAACCACCUCUGGGAAACAACACCCCUGCUUCCCCCCAGAAGUCCUGCUCACCCUCCAGG